AUGCGCGUUCAUCUCCUCUGCGCGACACUUGGCGUAUACGGAGCAGCCACGAGUGCAGCCCUGUCCACAGAGCCGCUGCAGAGUUCCGUGGACAAGGGAAGUCUCUUCAUUAGGCGUCCUCCCCGAAAGCACGAAGCGAAAGUUUCGAAGAAGUGGAAAAGCAACGUCACAACUUCUCGUGGUGAGGACACCCACAAACGCAGCAGCCGAGGUGCAGCUGUUGUAAGUACAUUGGAAUCUCCCAUAGUGGGUGUACCCGUUGGAGUGCCUCUGGACGCUGCUCAGCAUGGAGAACACGGCGCGGAAGAAAACGGGGGAAUGGCCUUCCUCUCCCCGGUUAGAAGCAACCGAAAAGAAGUGACCCUUUCCCUCAGGAAGCAGACAGGGAAGCGCCAUUUCAACUGCACCAAAUUGAAUAACAUCCUAUGCAUGCAAUUCUUGCCGAAUAUCUCCAACGCCUACUUAAGGUACGUCCUCGAAAAGUUCAGCGCAAAUGAUCUCCCAGUUAAGGAGAACAUUUUAUUUCACCUAAUUUUGAGAUACCUACGUGAGCGUAGCAGCAACCUUGUGGGGGGAAAGACAAGCGAGAGGGACUCCCAACUGAUUAACAUCAUUGAAGAUAACGCAUACAAAUUUAUUGCCGACCAUGCCAGGGUCAUAAAAAAAUGUGCAAAGAGGAAGAAGCACAAUGAGGUACACUUUGAACGGUGUAGAACAGAGGAGGGAAGAGCAAAAGAAACCACCUCCUCACCCCCCCCGUCAGACAACAAAAUUAUAAAUGCUUACUUAAAAAUGAGAAAAAAAUUUAACAUCAUUUUUGUCAGCAUAAAAAGCGAAAGAAAUAUUUAUCGAAUGUUUCGAAAAAUUAAAAGAAAUAUUUCUUUUUACGAUUUUCUGGAUCGACUAGCCAUUUUGUCUUUUUUCCAUAGACAUGCGCAGCACCGAUUUGUGCUUCACUUUUUCAAAAGAUAUAUUUUCAGCCUUAAGAAUGAAAACAACUUAUUUGUCAUUAAUUUUGUGAACACAUUGGGGGAGAGAAGCCUGCUGAAGAGAUACAUGUUGAUUCCGCAGUUGACUUACCACGCGAUUUUGCACACACCGGUGGGGUUUGACACCUGCGCGGACUCGUUCAAGUGGAGUUUCCUCCCCGUUAACGCGUGCAACUAUGUGGAGAGUUACAUGAGGGAGAGGUUCUUCCUCGGCGGAGCCACGAGGAGGGGUGUUAGAGGCGACGGAAUUGACAGAAGCCAACUUCACAGUGGCCGUGUUGAGAGCGGUCGACUCCACGCCAAGGCGACCUUCCUAAUCUAUUCAAAUUUACUGGACUCCCUCACGCAAAAGAGGAAUGAGUACUUCCCCGAGCUGUUCCUCAAGCAAUUUUGCCUGUACUACUCAGAAAAGGAAAACAUCCUUUACGACAACAAAUGGCACUACUUCCUCAUCACGGUGUCCUCUCUGAUGAAGGCACACUACGUGAGGAGGAAGCUCCACAUUAUGGGAGAUGCACACAAGGGAGCAAACCCCCCUCUACUAAACCGCGUCAACAUACAUGAUGAUGACAUUUUCAGGGACAAAACGCACUGCUUGAUAACCUGUGGAGGAAAUCGCCUGAACAGUCAGGUGGUGACUUACCUCCGGAGGCAGUUCCAUGCAGGGGAGCUCCACCGAGGGGAGACCCUCAAGCAGUACUCCCUUCUGCUUCUUCUCCAGUACACCUUCUUACUUGAGCUAAACCUGGAAGAAGUCAAUCUGGUGAGUAGAAACUCCGCCAAUCAUUUUUCAAACACGGUGGAAAAUAAGGAGUCGGCAGGGAAGAAAAUGAAAAGAGAAGGGAGCGGAACAGAACACAAAUCCGCAUCUUUCAAAAAACAAGGAGCAGUAUCUGCAGAAAGGGAACGCCUCCUUGUACGGAUAAGUCUCUUGUACAAAUCCAUUUUAUCAAGCCACUGUGAACACACAGGUGAGACAAUUCUAUUAUAUAACUACACGUUUCAGGAGUUGACUCGAUUUGUGCAAAACUAUUUAGCCGACUUAGUGGAGAAGUGUUUCCAUGGAGGGAGAGAAGUUGCAGAAGAGAUGAAAUUGUGCGUUAAGUACAUCCUACCACUGUGCAGAGUUAACCCGCGUCUUUUUUUCAUGCUCCUGGAAUGUCUAAAUGAAGGUAGCAAUGUCAAUAUGGCGAGGCACCUCUGGCUGGGAAGUAAACAGACGCUGAGGAAUUUGCAGCCAUGGGUAAGAAAAGCCAUCGCGGGGGAGCUCCUCGAAGGUGCUGCAGAGGGAGGGGGCAGUCAACGGAGGACCCGCGAAGGGGAGACUCACCAGAGACAGCCCCACCAAGGGGACACCCACCAAGGAGAGCCUUACGACAGAAUGGCCACUGACCGGGGAGACCCCCCCUUGGCCCUCGCCAUCUCAGCGUACGACGCGGUGCAAACAAUUUACAAACAAAUAACAAGUUGCUACGACAAGGCGCAUAUAAAGAAUCUGAUCAGAGGCUUGCUAUCCCUGCGCAGCGGAAUGGAAAGUGACCCUUCCCCCUUGGGCAUCUUUAAGAGACCCAUUUUAGCCCUAAAUUUGAAGCAGAUUUUUUUCCUCUUUGUUACUUUGAAUUAUUUCAAUUUGCACGGCGAGAUUAUUCAGCUCUUUCGACACAUUAUGGGCAGCGCUGCAUUGGGGGAAGUCUUCCGCAGAGCCAUCUCAAAGAGGGGGAACCACCAUCCCAGCAUAGGGGAUCAACACAUUGAUGAGGAAGAACACGAGCUGUGCCAAAAGAUUCUCUACAUUUACUGCAAUUCGAGUUUUUGUGUGGACAGUCCUCUGCGCCUGCCCGCGGGGGUGACAUGCUCGAGGGGGCUCAUGAAGUAUGUUCUCUUCUAUCGUGACCCGCUGCACAUAUUUAACCACCUGAUCAGGAAAUAUGAAAGAGGAAGGACUGCCGAGGGGAACAUCGAGGGGGCCUACAAUGAGGGUAACUCCAAUGAGGGUUCCGCCAAUCAGGGCAAAGGCACAGUGGAGGAGAUUUUACAAAAAGUGGAAGGCAGCAAAUUUUUUCACGAGGACAGUUUGAGCAAAUUUCGAAGGAGUAGCAUUUUUAAGGAAUUUUUUGGAGAAGAAAUAUACACCCGAGUGAGUCAGAAGGAGUACACACUAAUAUUUUACACGUUGAUGAUAGAUCUGUACAAGCAGGGAUCGAUGUGGGAUAACAGAUCGGCAUGGGACAACAGAUCGAUGUGGCACAACGAAUCCACAUGUAACCCCCAUGCGGGGGAGAACAAAACGAAGCAAAGUGAAAAUAACCCCGCUGCGUCAUUGCGACGACUCCAAUUCAUAUACCUGCAUUUUUACGUCGCAUGGGAAACCUAUCUCAAGGUGCACAAAAUGAGCAAGAUAAAUUUCCUAAUCGGUGCCAAGACAUUUCUCCUUCUGAAUGAUGUCGAAACGUUCCAAAAUUUACUUUGCGCAAACAGGAAGAUAGUAGAAAAGUGCGCCAUCUUUGUUAACUCCCUUCUAAAUAACUACGUCCAUCAUUGUGAUGCCCGCAUGGAUAUAUUGCAGAAUAAUUUGAUUGCCCCUUCCGAUAUGUACAUUACCUCCGCAGAUGAGCUGAUCAUUUUUAACUUAAAUCAUGAGCAAGUUGUGCAGAGGAUACGUCCGUUUGGGGACUACAGCAGUCAGUGUAAAGUCACGCUCUUUAUCGAUUACCGGAAAUUGUUCCCAGAUUUAAUCAACCUACAGUUCUGUCUUACCCUCCCCUUUUUACGAAGUCAGAAAGUCAAAUCCUUCCUUGAGGAAAAUAAAAUAACCUUAUGUGAAAAAAACUUCUGGGACAUUACCGAUUUGGUCAUAUUUUACGGGAAAUGCCUCGACAAAAGGGACAAAAUUGUGUACUUUUUUUCCAAACAGAUGAGUGAUUUUUCCAUCCAAAAGAAUAAACUCGUUAAAGACGCGUUCGUCGUUUCACGGAAGAAGUAG